GAGGAGCAGGAGGAGAAGGAGGAGGAGGAGGAGGAGGAGGAGGAGGAGCAAGAGGCGAGGGAGUCCACUCCGGCGGAGGGGGCCAACAGCAGUUGCUGCCACUUCUACUUCCGCGAGCGACCCUGCCUCUGCUGCGAGACGGAGCUGUGGGCAAUCGGCAUGUCUCUGAUGCUACAGGACAUGCCUUUCUUGGCGCUUCGUCUCACCAUGAUUAUCCGUUUCAAUGUGCUCAGCUAUUCGAACAUGUUUUUCACCUGUAAAAACACUCUCGUCAUUAUGCUGCAGGUGUUUCGCUCCGGCGUGAUUAUUGCCGAGUCCUGGCACAAGAAGAAAUCACGCAAUCGCGCAAACAAGAAGAGCCUCGUCUAG